AUGGAGACGGUUUUAAGUAUCUGUCUGUUAGUCUUCAUCCUGGGCUGUAACCUCUCUGCAGGUAAGACUUUAAAAACAUCUAAAACCAGUUUAAACCUUUGAAUCUUCUUUAAAGAUACGAUUAUAAACUUCAGUGAGUCACAAAUGUUCACAAGAAAUUCAGCGGCUGAUGUCAACGAGGGAAAAGUGUCUUCAGAAGUUUUUAGAUCGUCCUCAAAGAUUGAAGGUUUCAUCAAAAAUGUGCAAUUAGGAUAAAAAUCCACAGGCGAUCAGGGUUGAGUUAACUUUAGCUAAACUUUGAGGAUGAUCAAACAAAUAUGGGGACGGUUUUUAUCAAACUUGUUCAUUUCGAUAAGAAAAUCUCACUAAAAGGAACAAAUAAAUCCAUUUAUCAAGAUCUCAGUCUGUGAAUCUAGAGGAUAAAAACAACUUUAAGUUUGACUUUAACAACUUUUUCCAGUUCGUUUAUAAAAGCUCAUACAGAUGAUGUUUUUUAAUGUAAACUUGUUUUUCUUUUGCAGCAGUCAAACAAGAAAUAGUCCAAGAAAGGACAUACGUGUCUCUGCACUGUCCUCAGUCUGUGGUUCGUAAUGUGACCUGGAGCAGAGAGAAGGAUGGAGUCAGAACUGACAUCCUCACAGUUGAUGGUGACAGGAACAUAAAACACAUUAAUGACUCACAUAAAUAUUACGAUUCAUUGGCAGAUAAAUCUCUUCUAAUAUCAAAAGUUCGUCUCACAGACAGUGGACAAUAUUUCUGUAACAGUGAAGCAGCUGUGGAUCUGACGGUGGUCCCUUCAGGUAACAUCAAACUUUCUUCUUCUGUUUCUAUUUGUUGUUUUUUAUCUUUGACUGAUGACACUUCAGGUUUAGUGUUUAGUACAGAUGUUAUUCUGACUUUUCUUGAGGUUUAAAAACUGAAUUCACUGACCUGAUCUUUUCUCUCUCAUAAACCUGAAUCUUUCUUCUGCACAGGAACUCUUGUUCUCGAUGCUACAGAGGAGACCACUGUCACUCUGAAAUGCUCUUCUAAAGCUGGAGGAUCAGCUGAUCCAACAUGGAGCACAGGCUCCGGUGAAAUACAGUCACAGAGACGGUUUUAUGUUUCAUCAGCUCACAGGACUUUGAAGAUCAGAAGAGUGAAGCCCGCUGACUCUGGACUUUACUACUGUGAUGGAAAAGCUGCUGCUUAUCUGAGAGUGAUGGGAGAGGAUCAGUCUGAGGGAGGUGAGAGACCAGAACUCAGAGAGGAAAUCAAGUUUCUACAGUACAAAACAGUCAUUUCUGUUUUCUUCAUAAUGUUUUAUAAUUAACUUUAGGAAAAAAGACAGAAACCACGACAACAAACAGAGAGGAAACAGAGAGAGCGACAGAAACUGUACCAAUAAGACCACCACCAACAGACGGAGACAGGACAACAACAGAGGAAACAGAGACAAAAACAACACAACACACAGACAGUAAGUCAAAACAUGUUCAGUCUGUUCAGAUCUCAGAGGAAAUCAAGUUUCUGCAGAGGAGGAAGUCAGACAGAGCUUUUCACACUCUAGGCCUGUGCUACCUACAAUGCAGCCCGACCUUUGUAAUAUGGUUGCAUUGAGGGUAGUGAGGUCGCUGCAGUAACUCGACAUGCAUGCAUUCAAAAGUCAUAGUUUGAGGUCGUCUUCACGAGGCUCAUGUUCAAUAGUAUAAAGACUGAGGUAUUUUCCAUCGCUUGUACUAAACUCUCUGAGGAAACAGUCAUUUCUCUUUUCUUCAUACUGUUCUACAAUUAACUUCAGGUGAAAAGACAGAAACAAUGACAACAACUCAGCCUGAGACAAACAGAGAGGAAACAGAGAGAACGACAGAAACUGUAUCAUUAAGACCACCAUCAACAGAUGGUGAUACAACCACGACAGAGGAAACAAAGAGAACGAGAACGACACAACACACUGAGGACACUGACAGUAAGUCAACCUUGGUUUUAAUAUUGGAAAAGUAUUUCAUAAAACAUGUUCAGUCUGUUCAGAUCUCAGAGACAGUCUGAGUUUAACUUAUAUAAAAAUGAAACCGUUGAGGUUUUUUGUCAGAUAUGGAAAGUCACACGUCUCAGUGGUUUCAGCUGUGAGGACAACGCUGCUAAACAAUUAACCACAAUGCAUCAGUGAAGGACUUCUGGAACAGUGAUAAAGAGUUUCACACCCUCAGAUCAUUUUUAGAAGUGUCUUCUUUCUUGACCUUGUUCUCAGGGUCUUUCAUGUUUGUCUCGUUUGCUUUUUUUGUCUCAUAUCCUCAGUCUUGAUGCACCUCAGUAAAUCUAAAUAAUAUAAUCACAUAAUAUUGAUAAAUUUAAACUUACUAAAGAUUACCCUUUGUUUUUUCUGUUCCACGUAGAGGGGAAGAAGACAACACCAACCACACCUUUAGGUAAAGAACCAAAGCAGAAGAGUCCUCAUGCAGAUGUUAAUGCUUAUUCUUACUUGUUUUAUCUGAAGUUUUGCUGAAAUCUGAACUAUUUGCAGGAAAGUGUAAGCUGUGUUUUCUAGUUAAACUCUGAGUUUUGUGUCUGUAAAGUGUCUCACACUGCAGUCAUUAACGUUUAUUAAAUAUUUCCAGUUUGUAAAUUCUACCCUUUGUUCCAGUGUUGGGAGCAGCUGUCUCGUUCUUAUUCAUUGUCUUCAUCGUUAUUAUAAUUGUCUUCAAAAGACGCAGAUCUAAAAAACAAGGUGAGUAAACUUGAUUAUUUCUUUGAAAUGAAUCUAGAAAGGCGUGAUCAGAUGUUUAGUCUUACUCGGGCUGCUGUAAUCCGAUAUUCUCCUCAUAAUUCUGGCAUUAAAUCGAGGAAUAGGAUUACUUUUUAAUCAUUAAAUGUGUUCAGAAUGAGGGCGUGUUUCUUCGCAGCAGGAUAUGUAAUCGUUGAAGUCCCUAACUGAGUGAAGGUCAAACUGAUCAUUUCUCAGAGUAUCUUCAGAUGUUCUGAGGUAAGGGCGGUUCGUCUGCAGGAAAUGGCGUCUUUUCUCACUUUGAUCUUUAUCUUUGUGGUUGUUGUUGUUGUUGUUUGCUCACAGGCAAAGAUGAAACUCAUGUCUACGAUGAAAUACAGGAAGGACUGGUCUGUGGACCGAACCAAAAUGACCCUACAUACUCCAUCAUCUCUGACCUCCCACUGACGGGAAAGAUGAACGGUAAACAUCCACCGUCAUCAUCAUCAUCAUACAUUUGAGCAGAUACAGGAAGUUCAUGCUUUAAACUUUAUCUUACAGUCACAAGCCUGGCAAACGAGUCCCCUUAUUCCUUAAUCGAGGACACUCGUACUGGUAACGUAUUUAUUUAGCUCCACAUGAGACACCUUUACAUCAACACUUACAAUCAUCUCGAAAAGAAACGGAUGUGGUUGGAAAUUCGCCCACGAUGAUUAUGAAAUGUGACAUUUCAGUUUGUCACUCUUUUUAAACAGUUAUUAACCCUUAAUACGUCCAAAACAUCCAUACAGACUUAUGUUUAAAAUAAUGAACUUUAGGAUGCCUCAUGAAACAGGAAUUUGCCUUCAUUUCUCACCUCUUGAAUUUUGGAAACAGCUGUUUUUGCUGAUCUAUAACGUGACGUGAACCGUGCUGACAACACCUGGUCUCAGCAGGUAGAAGAGAAACGAGGAAUUCAUUUUUCUGCAACGCUACAGUGUGCAGACUUGAUAGUAGCAGGUUAUCAGCUUUAAAAGUGUGUUUACAGUGAUGAUCUGAUUAUUUAAAAUCAUCUUAUUUUUGUGCACUUAAAAAAAAAAAAGAUAAUAUCUUAAUAUUUGCCACAUGCAAUAAAUCCUAGUAAGACAGUGAGCAGGACUGCAAACCUGAAACUGCACAAACAGGAAGUACAGAGCUCGACAGUGCAACGGUUUCACUCGCAUUUGCGACUAAAAAUAGAUGUGUGCGAAUUGUAAAAUGUAUUUAGAGGCAUAAAAACAAAAUCAGCCGAGGCAACAAAUGUUUUUUCCUGUAAAUACGGCGGUGAAGUUAGUUUUAGUUUGGAUACUGGACAGACAUUUACUGCCGAUGUACCGGUGUCUUCUCACUCUCCAUAACCUGAAAUAGCAACAGCAGCGGUCAAUGUCAGGUGUUGAAUAAGGGACUGUCAGUAAAUUACCAGUUGAUGUUCUCAGAAAAGGCAGUUUUCCUUUAAUAGCUUCCAUUUCUAAUAAUCGUACUAAGGUCGACCAAUAAGACAAACAUUAUUUGAUCAAUUUUCAUCGUGCCCCUUAAGUUCUUUGUGUGCUCCUUACUUUUUCAACUUUGGCGCACAUGUGCUCCUUGUGAAAAAAGUUAGUGUCAAGCCCUGAAGUACUUUCAAGAGCUACACAGCUGCACAGAAACUGCACAUUGCUGACAACCAAGGACACAUUUUCACCCUUUCAUCAUAGAGCGGGUGUUGGGUCUAAUCCAAAUUUUCUGGUAGUUGAUUUUAAAUCACGAAGCUGUCAAACGUUCUGUUCACUGAGUUCUUUUUAAUUUGCAGGUUCUACACAGACGGCUGAAGGUCCUUAUUUCUUACUGCAGAAACCAAAAACUCUUGAGAACAACUGUGACGUGACGACAGAGGUUUGAGUCCUUGGGAUAAAUCCAUGAGGCAGAUUUCGAUGCUGCUGUGUUUCAGCAGCUGAACAGUAACAUUAGCUGUUAUUUAGAUCAAUGACCUGCUCCAAAGAUUCAUGUCUGUAAUAAAUUUAUAGAAAACUUAUUUUUCCUCUUCAAGUUUGAAUGUUUGUAAAUAUAUUAUAUCAUUAUCUUUAAUAAAAAAAAUACCAAUCCUGUUUUUUUGAUUUCUUCAUGCACAUGUUUAACUUUCUUCUCUGUUGGUAUAAAGUUGUAAGCUAUGGUUCGAUUUCUAACCACGACUCUUUGUUGCACGUCCUCCCCCUCUCUCUGCUCCCCACACAUCCUGUCUCUCUUCAGAUGUCCUGUCUAACAAAAAAAAAGAGAGACAAAAUUAUCCCCAAAAAAAAGCUGAGAAGUUCAGUUUGUGUUUGCAAACUUUAUCAUUCAAGGUUGAAAUCCUUUUACUACUAAUAAAAAAAAAAAAAGUAAACAUUUUUGCAGUUUUAUGAGGUUAAAUCAAGCGUUAAGGGUUUUGAUCCAGAAUGAGAAACAAUGAAAACAAGAACACAGACCUCGUCACUAUUGUACCAUACAUUUGAGGUUUUUUUGACCUCUUUCUUUCUGAUGGUGUGAUGGAAAACCAACAUUCUCUGUUCCACAUUUCACUUCACUUUACAGCCUAACAACACCGGGUGGACCUGAAUCAAACCUUUCCCAAUUCCUUUACAGUCGAGACGCUAAACCGGCUCUUUUUCUGGUGAAUUCUGUGAUCUCAUGAGUCAUUUUCACAAUGAGAAGUCUUGACGACACCGCCCAACCGUGAGAAGACGCAGUGUCAGGGUCAGUUCACAUAAAACCGCAUUAAAAUUGUUCCUCUUUCGUGGGUUAAAAAGGUGCAUGUUUGGUUGAUCGUUGGGUAGAAAUAACCGACACGUCAGCGCUCUGCCCUCCUGUCAGAGCCAGGCCCUGUUACUUCCUCUGUACUUCACACUUCUCUUUAUUUUGGAACCUGUGAUGCAGAAUGUGACCACCCUGACCUCUGCAUACCUGCGAGUUCACUUUGACGGUCUCCGUGUUUGAUCCGAAUGUACCACCCAGAGUUUCUUUUCAUCACCGCACUGAGGAGGAGAGAGUGAGUCAGAGAUGUAAUCGAUUAAAAUUGCAUCAGUUUGUCAUGAAUCAUUGUCGUCAUACUCAGUAAAGCUUCUAUAAGGUUUUUUUUGUUUGUUUAUUAAUUGUGGUUUUGGUUGGAUGCAAAAGAAUUUGAUGGUAAAAUCUUUAAGAAAAUGGAGCAAACAAAAAAUGGUGGACAGAACCUUCUUGUCCUUAAAGGCCACCGUCACUUGACUACAACGGGGGUGAGCAAGGGGGCUUUGGAUCUGGAAUACGUGUGCUAGAUACUGUUAUGAAACCAUUUGACUGUCAUAAGUCUAAUAUUAUUAUUAUUGACGACUUAAGCAUGCAGAGACUGCUUUGUCCACAGGGGGCGCCAACAUUAACACAUGACAAAAGUUCCUUACAGGAGCUUUAAAGGUGGGGUAGUCAGGAUCGGAUGAAGUUCCAGUUUUUAGGAGAAAUCUUGAAUGUAAACUCGACCCCUCCCAACCAGUUUCCCCCUCAGCUCCUCCUCUCCCCUCUCUCUCUUAAGCCCCGCCCACAAACAGACGCUCGUAUCGUUCCAGUUAAAUUCAGAUAUAAUGCAGAUAAAUACUUCAGAUCAUUACAAAUGGGACCCAGUCAAGGUGAAAGUCAAAAGCAUUGGUGCUACUGUAGACGCCAACAGACUACCAGCAAACACAAUGUUUGCAGGACUUCUACAACUAGGAUAAAGUGACAUAGUCCAGGACCCGAGGUCAACAGUUAACGGCACUACAACAGGCAACACUUCUGUUACAGACACUUGUCUUACUUUGUUAAAGCGGUUUACCUGUCCAGCAGAAAGGUUACAGGGUCACUAAGAUCCCCAAGCGUCCCCCAUCGUUUAUGUUGACCCGGCUUUUUUAGCUCUUGUCCGGUCUACCUCCGUUUUAAGCGCCCGUUAUUCCUCCAGAGUCUCCGGUAUUUACUUUGUUUUCUUGCUUGUGUCGGCAGUCGUGGCCAAAGGAGGAUUCAGACAAUUUUCCAAACUUUCUGGUUGGUUUUUACUGUCCGAUAUUGUAGCACGCUAACUUUGUUUAGGCUCGUGAAUGUUAUUAAAUGAUGUGGAGCGUGCCUCACAACAUGAGGGAGCAGCGUCCGCCUCACAACCAAUCAGGUUGGGGAGGUGAAGAGCGGCUCUGUUUACACUCAGAAGGGGCGGGCUGUGCAAAAAAUCUAAAAUGUUGACUACACAGACAUAGGAGAACACAGAGAUAUCGUUAUAUUACCAAAUGUCAUCAAUAACUAAUAACUAUUGACUGAUAUUAGAAGAUUUCUUGUAUAUACACCACAAAAACGAUGCUUCUUUAACAGAAUCCUGCCUACCCCACCUUCACCUGUGUUUUAAACUGAAAAUACUACGUCUUGUCAUAUUACACUGAUGAAGUAAAAAUGUGGAUUUUCCAGGUGAGCUGUUUCAAAAGCUGUAUUUAAGGACAGAAGAGGAAACUCACGGUCUGAGCGUAAGUUUUUAUUCAUUGUUUCAUUGGUCCGGUUGAUUUUAUUUCUGAGGCUGUACAGUGACCUCCUUUUUUUUCCAGAGUGAUGACGCUCAGCUCUUCAGAGUCCCUUGGGAGGAGGAAGAGGAUCAGCGACGUGGAAAAGUGUCUGUCAGCCCGAAGCUGAUCUUCAGUCUGAGGUUUAUCCUAUGAAGAUGAUCCUGCUCUUGGUCCUCUGUCAGGUUUGGAUCCUGCACACGGUCUUGAUCUUCUGCAGAGAAAACUCCACAGGUACAGCUGAGGAGCAUUUCUUUGGUUUGAGUUUUAACAGAGUGAUCAGUUUUAUUCUGGGUUUCUGAUACAUGUGCAGAGCUUGUUAAACAGUUAUUUUAAUACCUUUUAAUGUGAGAACGAUGCAGAAAAGAAGCUAAAUAAUGAAACCUGUGCUGAAAUUUUUGUGAAAAUGAAAAGGAACUAUUUUAAAUAUUUCAAAAAGUUAAAACAAUCCAAAGUUUUGACUGAGAAUGUGGAUAUUUAAACACGAAUCCCCAUUUUUGAUGUUGAUCCUGAUUUUCCCUUCUACAGUUUUAUUCUGUUUGACACACAAACUUUAAGUUAUUCAAUCUAAAAUUAAAAGAGUUUUAGACUCCCUGUAGCUAUUAUUAAAGUUGACUGGAUAUUUCCUGGUUGUUAUUUGGGGCUGAUCGGACGUCAGAGAGCGUGUUUCCACGAGAUAAAAGAAAAAAAAAAAACAGAUCAUACAGGAAACGGGCUGAAAACUCAUCACUAUCAGCAGGACGUGAAUAAUGCAGUCUACGUCUACAUUAAGAGGUUAAAGAGAUGUCAAAAUGAAACCCUAAAAAGUUUGUACAAUUCCUUUAAAACAGAAACCAUCUGUUAAAGGUGCAGUACGCAAAUUUAAGCUCAGAAAAAAUGGACUUUAAAACUCAUAAGUGUGUUUUGAUAAGUGAUUAGUCAAAGUAAAAACAUUCAUAUUUUUCGUGGUUGUUUGGUGUAAAAAACAAAAAUAUAAACUUUUUAACAUUUGACUUGAUGUAAUGUCAAAUAUUCAGCUGCAUAAAGCAGAACUUUUACUAAAGCUCAGUACCCGGAUCCCCUAAACUCUACCGUUGUCUUUUUCAUGGCUCUUCCUUGAUUUCCUGUAAAGUUGGUCGAAACUAAAUCGUCGUUGACACUUUGAAAAUACGUGAAACAUUAUAAAACUGGAGUUUCUUCUGUGAUAGUUUCCCUCUCCUCCAGCAGUGAUCCGGUUUUCAGUCCCGGAGGAUCAUCACAUCUGUCUGCGGUGUGCUGGUCCUGAUGACUCUUAUGUAGUCUGGACUAAUCAGGACAGGACAGUCUUGGUGAGUCGGCAGGAGGACAAUGAGACCAACGAGGACCCUGACCGGUUCCUCCUGCUGUCUGACGGCAGUCUGCUCCUCCUGAAGCUUCAGGACUCAGACAGUGGAGAGUACCGCUGCAAUGAGAGGCUGGUGGCUGAGCUGCAGGUGCUCACAGGUGAGCCGGGAGAGGGGCUGGAGAGGUGCAUUGUGGGACGACGGCACUGCUACUGAGCCAUGAAACCAAAAAGACUUCAGUUUCUGAAGUCUGGAUUUCAGCAGCUCAACUUUGUUGUGUUUUUUUACUUCAUGAUGCUUUAACUAUAUGUUCUCGGCCACCGUACCAAGACUGGAACGGCCACUGCUGCAAAUAAAACAAGAAUGCAAAAAAAAAAGAAAAAAAAAAAAGGAAACUGAAACCCGAUGCAAAUAAAAAAAAGAAACGGUGCAGAUAAAAAAAUUUUAGAAAGCCAUAAUGGAGGUUAACGACGCAAAAAAAAAGUGCUGAUGGAAAAAAAACAAAAAAAGCAUUACUUACUGCGAAAAUAAAAAGAUACAAAUAAAAAAAAAAGAAGCCACAACAGAAGUGAGCUGCCGGGGACAAAUAAUGAUGAUGUACCAAUGUUUUACAAUCUAGGCACAGAAAAUGACGGCGAGAAGUCGGGAGUCGGGGCCAGUACCCGAUGUAUCUGAACAGGUUAGCUUACGAGCUAAAGUUACUUAGCACAGAUGAAAGUUAAAACAAAGACAUUUAGCAAACUGUUAAAGCACACAAACCAUCCUUCAGGUCGUUAUCUUUGUAAUUCGACCGUGAUACGAAAAAAUAAAUGCCGUAACAACACAGGACGGGAAAAAACGUCGCUGAUGUGAACGCUUGUAUCGACAGGAUACGGGUUCAAAAAAAAAUAUUGAUGCCCGAAAUAAUCCCACGAUAAAAACGGUCCCGGUGUGAAAGGACCUUUUGCCUGAUCUUAUCAGGUCUUUUACUUUGAAAUUCUCUUUUGAAUUAAAGUGGAUUCACAAUUGUUCUUCUUUGUAUCUGUUAUUUCAAUCAGUGCCAGCUUCAGAGAGACCAACAGAAACCCACUGGCAGCCCAGAGGGAAGUAAAACAGUCUGGAUGUUGGUGUGAAAAAGCCUUACAUAAUGAAUAUCUUUGCUGUUACUUCUGCAUUUAAAGAGGAAGUUUAAGGUUGGACUCAGAGUCACAGACUGGGACUCAGUUUGAGAGUUAUUCCCCUCCCUCAGAUAUCAAAUCUAUAAAUGAAGGAGGGGAAAAUUCAGAGGUUGUUUAAAGAUAGCACUAACAGACUGAUUCUCAUCACGCCUCCUCAGGUCGUGACUUCUCGGUGUCUGCAGGCCGCACGCUGCUACUCCCCUGCAGCGGCUCCUACAGACCCAGAUUGAGGUGGUUUCACCGGAAGAGGGCAGGCGGGAGGCGGGAGCUUAUCUUUACCUGGUUUGGAAAUGGGACAGUGAAACCAGAGCGAGAAGGGGGCCGGCUCAGUUACAGGAAUAAUAGCCUACAGAUCCAGAACCUGCAGCUGGGGGACGCUGGAGAGUACCUGUGUAACGGAAAUCUGCAGGCCAGACUCACCGUCCUCACAGGUGAGAAGAACUGAGCAGAAACCUCAGUGUUAAAAUACCAAGUGUCAAAAACUGCAGUUCCUUGAGUGUCCACUGGAGGCUGACUGCAAAAAGUGAGUCAAUCCUAACUUGAAGCCUCGGUCUCUACAGAUACACUAAUGAUUUAUCUGAUUGAAGAGACACUCAGAGUAGUGACCUGUCUUUGCAGAGGAGGAUUUAAUUUAGUAAAUAAAGCAGGAAUUGAAUCUUUGCAGCAGUAUUAACAGAAACUACAGUUUACUGAAAGAGAUGGCACAAUUUUAAAAAAGGUUUGUUUUUAAUUUAUCAGAUCAGUCGGACCCGAACAGCAAAACUACAACACCUGAUGUGACAACGACGGGUAGGACUUUCUCUUCCAUCAUUUAAAACGUCUAAAUGAAACAGGAAAACUUCACCACAACUCCUCUCUCCUCCCAAAACACACUGAUCGUCUAUUACAUUCAUUAGUCUUUCUGUUUUUGCAUUAUUGACACCUUGAUAGACCACAUUGACCACUUUUAUAAUAAUUGCCCUUUAAAUUUAUUUUAUAGUUUUCCUUCUUGUAGUAUAAUUUUGAGUCUAAUUCAGGAUUUUGUUCUUUGCUUUUAUUUUUCUUUCUGCUCGUUUUUUUCAGUAGAAACAAAGAAGAAGGAGAAGAGGAGAAAUGAAAACGGUUGGUCGGCUUUGCACGCUCCUCAUACCUCACGCUGUUUUCUCGUCUGUGGGUGGUUUCAUGAUGGUUUCUCUUUUCUCUGUUUGAUCUCUGUCAGUCCUGCUCAUGGUCGCUGUGGUCGGGUUGGGGUUGAUGAUCUUGUUCCUGGCGGCCGUUUGUGUUUUACUCACCAGCAUGAGGUGCAGAAAGGAGAAGAAGUACAGCAGAUCAGGUAGGCGGUCUGAUGUAUGGGACGCCAAGAGGGUCAUUAUUUCUAUACUUGGUGUCCAUCAGCACCGAGGAUUGAGGUUAAAAAGGCCGGUAUGCUGCGAAAAGAGGUUUGAACAAGUCAGUCAAGCUUUAUUUAUACAUCACCUAGAGACGUCUGCGCACUAAUACCAAUAAAAUAUAUGUAAUUAAAACAACAAGAGUUAAUCAUAAGUUAAAGCAUCAAAAAUGACAUUAAAAAUAAAAUGAUAAAAAGCACUCAACUCAAAAAAGAAAAAAGAAAAUGAGAAUGUAAGAAAGUCAAAAAGAUGAUAGGGGCCUGUUUCCACCGACGAUAAAAGGGUCCAACUUUGUCUGAAACGGCGCUGAUGAAUAAUCUAAACAAACUUGUGUUUUCAUCGGUGAAAUUUCCAGUCCAGAGCUGAUGCUAAUGCCAGGAUGUGUUUCCUUUCCAUCACUGAAAGUAAAGCAAAAUUAAAGUGAUUAAAAACAGACCGAUCAGUCAAGACAGUCAGUGGACACGGGCCCUCAAGCGGACAUGUUUUAAGGACGUUGAUAAUCUUGACUCAGAGAAAAACUUUCCUUUUCUGUAUGUUCAUACCUUUGGUUUAAGGAUUGCUAAAAUAAUUACUACUUGCUUUAAAAAAAAAAAGAGUGUAAGCGAUGUUUAGAGUCUCUAAGAUUAUUUCAAGUUUUACUUUGACACAAAAACUUCUAAACUUAUAUUAAAGGAUUAUAGAGAAAGUUCCAGAAAGAAGCUUACUCAGAGAAUCAGAAAAGCUGUCCUCACCUGUAUGUUCACCUUCUUCUGUUCCAGCAUCACAGCGGAAUGAAGACACCGAGCUGCAGCUGUGGAAAACCUCCGACACACACACCGGUAACUCCAUCUGACUUCAUGUUUCUGUGAUCCUCAGGAGCAGAGCCGACUCGAGAGUGUGCUGGGGCCCCAAGCAAAAAUUCUCAAGGGGCCCCUCUGACAAGCAUUAAACAUAUAAAUAGGGCUAGGGUUCUUCGUCGAUGUAGUUGAUGUGAUCAACUUCGAAAAUUCAUUGAUGCGUCGCAUGAUGACGUAGACAAUUGCUACUUUAGGUAACGGUAGAGGCAUGGACAGAAAACGAGCUACUUUAGCAGAAAACGAGCUACUUUAGCAUGAUCUAUGAGCAGCUCCUCUAAAUCAGUAGUCUUCCAGGCUUCCUCAUUCACAUUUCCAAGAUCGCGCUGCUUUCAUUCAAGAAGACAUGCAGUGACCUGUCAAUCAAAUAACCCACCGCUGAUGCAGCAAACGCCAGAGUGGACGCUACAUCAUACGCCCUGCAUCUCAUAUUUAAUUCAUUCACUUUAAGCAGUUAGCUCAGAGUUGAAGCAUCAGUUUUAUGCUCUUGUUUGUCCUAUAACUCACUAAUUAAUCAGCUGUGUGAUCGCAGACGAUAGCUCGCUAAUCCUAAUACUCGGCACACGUGAGCUCCGCUGCACAUAUGUAUACUGAUACACAGGUAGAGCCACGUAAGAAAAAAACUAAUUUUUAAAGUGUGGUGGCUUUUAUUUAACCGUGGCGGUGCACCACGAUCAAUUGCAUAAAGGGGAAACUUUUUAAAGACACGUUUUUAAUUUUUAUUUUGGUUAAAUUCAUUGUUAUAUUAAUUGGUAAAUAAAAUAAUAAAAAUCAUUAGAAUAAUCGAUAAAUUAGUCAAUACAUUAGUCAACUAAUCAGUUAAUAGAAAAUCGUUAGAUUAAUUGACAAAAUUAAAAUAUUCGUUAGGUGCAGCCCUACAUGUAAAUUAUCUUAAACUAACAAAAGAGGUUAGAAACUGAAACUUAAACUGAAACAAUUAUCAUUAUUACAACAUAACUUGAAAUUUAGCUUUAAAAUAGCGACAACUCUGGUUUGUUUUUACCAAAAUAGUCAGCGCUUCACCUUUGUUCUAAGAUUUGAUGUCUGAGACUUACUUCAGUAUGUUAAAUGCUCCAAAGUUGACAGUAUUUCAUGUAGAAACUAAGCACACUGUCUUAAUUGAGAUCUACAUUUCAAAGCAUCAACAGUGUAAAAGUUAAGCUAGUUAAGACACAACUUUCAUUAAAAGCAUGUCAUUAACAGUGAAAGCUUUCAUCUGGGUUAGCUGUUUUAGCUGUUAUUAGCUGUUUUCCCCUCCAAAACCCUCCAUUACUGGUGUUCUAGUAACUUAAGUGAUAUAUCAGCAUUGCACCUUACAACUUCUUACAACUUUCUCUUUGUCAGCUAACCUCGCAAAACAGUGCGGGUAUGUCAACACACGGUAACAGUGAGCUAACGAAGCGGGAAACCCGAGGCUAGCGUCUCCUGCUAAGCUAACACGGCUAACUACCUACCAAACAAUUAACAUCCAGACUUAAACCUUAUGCUAAUUAAAGUGUUUACCAAACUUCGCUUUCUGCUCCACUUACCGAUGUUUUGCUUUCUCCUUAUUUCCUUCUCUUUCUUUUCUCACUCCCCGAUGAGUCACUCCACUCAAUUUGAUUGACAACUUCCGUGAAGAUGGGCGUUGGUCACGUAGCAGUGCGACCAUAGAUACAUACGUAAACGCUAGAGGGCUUACGUACGCUGUUAGAAAAUGGAGACCGACGUCCGCGCAUGGCGGCCAUCUUGCUAUGGGCAGCUCACCCACUCAUAACAUGACAGUCUAUGGUGCAUGUAGCAUUUAAAUAACCAUAGAUUGAUUAAUUUUAAAACGAUUUUCAAACAGUUUGGUUUGUAACAAACCUCAGAGUUUAACUUAUGUUCCUGCAUACUUAGGAAUUAUUUUAACCAUGGAUUUUCAUAAAUAAACAUCAAGCAGAUAGGUAGACCAAUAGCUAUAGGCCUACACACACAGCAGUUAUAUUAAAUCAUUUGAAACAUUUGAUCAUUUCAUGUAUGUUAUAUUAAUAAUAUUUCUAUUAUAGGGAUAACUACAAUAGCAUUUGACAAUAACAUAACAUAUAUGUAUUUAUUUAAAAUAGGCUAUCAUACAAGAAAUUAAAAUCUCGAUUGUGGUCUCACCCUUGACAGCUUGUGCAAAGAGACUCAAAGUUAACCCUUGCGUGCAAAUAGCCGUGAAACAACUGUGCUGCACGAUUAAGUCUUUUUUUUUUCUCAAAGAACAUCUGCCAUUUCAAUAUUUCCAAGCAUCCCGACCAUAGACUGUAUAAAGAAUAGAGUAUAGUAUAUACAGUCUAUGAUCCCAACUCAUAGCCACUUUAUUAAGGUCUGUAAUGAACAAAAACAUUUGUAAAUCUGUCAAGAUUUCAGAAAGUUAAGACGAUUUUUGAUCAUACAGAUUACUCAACCUUUGCAGCUACCAUAGAGCGUACCAGUCAUCUAGCCUUUCUUAUAUAUAUAUCUAUGGGGGUAUCCGUAUAAGAUGUUAUUGCAAUAUGACCACUGGUUGUUUAGUGGAGUUGCAAUAAAUUAGGACAUUUUUGUCUUGGGGGCCCCAAGUAACUGCCCGCCUUAUGUGUUUUCUUUUCAAACAAACCUGCUCCAUGUCCCCCUGCAGACCGUGAGGCUGCUGAAAACCUGCCUCUGCCUGAGGAGACCAUUCACUACGCCUCUCUGGGCCGACAGAACUGGAGGGACAGACCCUGCAGGACCCCACCAGACCAGAACCAGCACAACGUGAUCUACUCGUCUGUCAUCACCAGACCUGCAGCGAGAUGA